GACAUCUCUAGCUACCAAGUUGGCAUUCAAUCUAUCAGCUUUACAAAAGCUCAUUUGGAUCUUAGCUCUACAAAGCAUGAUCGUCAGAGAUUUAGUUUCUACAUUAUGGCCCAUGAGAUUUCAGGUCGUCACUCCUAAGCUUCCUGCUUCCAGGUCAUCACUCCUGAGCUUCCUGGUUUCAGGUCGUCACUCCUCAGCUUCCUGCUUCCAGGUCGUCACUUCUGAGCUUCUUGCUUCCAGGUCGUCACUCCUGAGCUUCCUGGUCGUCACUCUUGAGCUUCCUGGUUUCAGCUCGUCACUCUUAAGCUUCCUGCUUCCAGGUCGUCAUUCCUCAGCUUCCUGGUUUUCCAGGUCGUCACUCCUCAGCUUCCUGGUCGUCAUUCCUCAGCUUCCUGGGUUUCCAGGUCGUCACUCCUCAGCUUCCUGCUUCCAGGUCGUCACUGCUGAGCUUCCUGCUUCCAGGUCGUCACUCUUGAGCUUCCUGGUCGUCAUUCCUGAGCUUCCUGGUUUCAGGUCGUCACUCCUGAGCUUCCUGCUUCCAGGUCGUCAUUCCUCAGCUUCCUGGUUUUCCAGGUCGUCACUCAUUAGUUUCCUGGUUCCAGGUCGUCAUUCCUCAGCUUCCUGGGUUUCUAGCUCGUCACUCAUCAGUUUCCUGCUUCCAGGUCGUCAAUCUGAGCUCCCUGGUUUCAGGUCGUCACUCUCAGCUUAGAGGCUGGAAAUCUCAAAUCAAGGUUUCCAAGCCAGAUUCCUUAAGAAUAAAUCAAACCCCUCUAC